AUGCUCCAUAAAAAUAUUCGUUAUUCUUCACAAAUUUCUGUUCAUAUUGAAAAUGAAGAAAUACUAGAAUUACUUUUAAAUUUAGAACUCGAACGAAUAACAACUUUAAACAUCGAUCGUAUAACUCAACCGUAUUUAUUAAUGAUUACUGAUUGUUCAGAGCAUUUAGAAGUUUAUCUUAAAAAAUAUUUAGUUGAAUUUGUAAAUACUGAACAUACCGUAGAGAUUAAUAUCAAAGAUGAAUAUUUGGCUAUUAUCAUCAAGUGGAUACUCGAAAUGUCGAUUGCUUUAUAUUGUACAACAAAAUUCUCGGUUGAAUUUUAUGAAUGGAUUUUUACAUUUCUUUAUGAUUUGAAAUUUCUUCGAGUUCACAAAGCAAUUUUCAAUGCUUUGAAUUCGAUAUUUGCUCAUAAGUUCCUAAAAAAAGCACAAGUCUUUAUAGAAGAUCAGACGAUUAUUCAUUUGGAAAAUGUCAUUUAUUCAUGGAAAAAGUAUCCAGAAGGUGCUCUAAGUCUUUGUUUACUGGCUUAUGGGAACUACAUACUCAAGUUAGAAGCAUUAAAAAGAAAUCGAAUUUUUUCAGAAGAAAUCCAAAAUACCCUGAUCACUCUUGUCGAAACAUCGGCAUCGGAAUUAAUCUUUAUCAGAGCUGCUUUUUGUUUAAUUUAUAUUCGUCAUCCAAAUAUGAGCUCUUAUAAUACAAUAUGGAAUUGGUUUGAAAACAAAAAAACUAUAACAUCUAAACAAAGAUACACUAUUCAGUUACAAUUAACAUUAUAUCAAGGAUUAAAUCCCCUAUUUCAUCGAGGUACAAAAUUAAUUACUGAAUUUGUCGAUAUAUUGGUCAAUGAUCUUUAUAAUUAUUUAUGUAACAAGAAAAAUAUUGAUUAUCUUGCUGAUCCAACACCUGAUUAUGUUAAUUUAGCAUUGGAACUUUGUGAAAUGCAUUAUGAUAUAUUUCGUAAUGCUCUACAGAAUAGUUCUUUUGGUGAAGAGAAAUUUAGAAAUGAAUAUAUCGUUUACUUUUAUCAAACGAAUGAUCCGUCACAUCGUAAAAUUUUAGCACAUUUAUACGCCGUAUUUGCUAAUGUUACACAUGAUCUUAUUGAUAUGUUAAAAUGGAUUGACUCUGUUGAAAGUAGUAAUGAAGUAGCUGAAUACGCUCACAAAUAUGUUGCAAGUGGAAAUGGAUGGAAGUGUCUUGAUCAUAUUCAUCAUAUAUCCAAUCGAGAUAUUAUUGAAAUGAUAUUUCAAUCACUUGAUUCAACAUGCAUUGCAUGA